AAAGAACGGACACAACACGAAGUUCAAACCCCACCGCCAUCACAUCGCGCCAAAUCAGAGGAAACCGCACCACUUUCGCUCCCCGAAGAUCGACGCAUCCGAUUCGAUUCUCUGCGAUCGUCGCCUCCGCCCCACCACAGAUUGAAAAAGGUUCUCUCCGCGCUCUCUGUCGUUGCUUUCUGUACCAAAAUCUGUGCACGGCCAUGACGAAAUCAGAUGUUUAUCUCGGCAUACCUGGAGAUGGAAGGUGUUUGUUUCGUUCAGUGGUUCAUGGUGCUUGCCUGAGAGAAGGGAUAUCAACUCCAAGUGAGACCCGUCAAAAAGAACUUGCCGAUGAGCUAAGAGCUAGAGUGGUGGAUGAAUUCAUCAAAAGGCGUGCUGACACUGAAUGGUUUCUUGAAGGUGAUUUUGACACAUACGUUAAACAGAUGCAACAGCCCCACACUUGGGGUGGAGAACCUGAGCUGCUCAUGUCCUCACAUGUCCUGGAGAUGCCCAUUAAAGUUUACAUGCGGGACAAAAGUAAUUGCCUUAAAACCAUAGCAGAAUAUGGUCAAGAAUAUGGCAAGGAAAACCCAAUCCGUGUCCUCUAUCAUGGUUAUGGACACUACGAUGCCUUGCAAAUUCCUGUUGACGGCCCGAAACCUAAGUUGAACAAGAGAAGAUGAGAAACGUCUGCUUGCGAAGAACUUGUUUACAAUUUCCCAUAGUGCAUAAUUGGGGGAUGUCAAAAUUAUGCCCAAAUGAUAUUAUGUAACAUUUAAUUUGGAAGGAUAUUGCAUCUCUUGAUAUGAACGUCAUAUCUUUAUGAUUCUCA